AUGCGCAGUUCUGCAGGACAACGCGGCGUGGUGGCAGGGCGGUGGCAUCCUGGGUUGGCCAUGUGGGCGGCUGCUCAUCAGGGGCGCAGUGGGAUCGGGCGAGUGCUCUGGCUGGCGGCGACGCGGGCUGAGGCUGCAAGGGCCAGCCGUGGUGCACGGGGCUGUGCGCUCGUCGUCAGCGACAUGGUCGCAAUGGUGGGAAGUUUUGUAAAAGCAACCGGAAGAAUUGCUCAGAUACCCGUGAGCGUAUAUAACUUGGGUCGUGUUAUAAAUGCUCUGGCUAAACCUAUUGAUGGGAGAGGCGAAAUUGUAGCUUCCGAAUCUCGCUUAAUUGAAUCUCCUGCUCCAAGUAGAAUUUCCAAGCGUUCCGUAUACGAACCUCUUCAAACAGGGCUUAUUGCUAUCGAUUCAAUGAUCCCUAUGGGGCGCGGUCAGCGAGAGUUCAUUAUUGGGGACAGACAGACUGGCAAAACAGCAGUAGCCACAGAUACAAUUCUCAAUCAAAAAGGGCAAGGUGUAAUAUGUGUUUAUGUAGCUAUCGGUCAAAGAGCAUCCUCCGUAGCUCAAGUAGUAACUACUUUCCAUGAGGAGGGGGCCAUGGAAUACACUAUUGUAGUAGCUGAAAUGGCGGAUUCACCUGCUACAUUACAAUACCUUGCUCCUUAUACGGGAGCAGCCCUGGCUGAGUAUUUUAUGUACCGCGAACGGCAUACUUUAAUAAUUUAUGAUGAUCUCUCCAAACAGGCACAA